UAUCCCUGAGAGAGGGGGCGAAGCGCAUAGGAUCGAAUCGAUGGAUGUGGGCGUGAUCGUCCUGACCCUCGUGGUGGGAUCGUUUGGGGUGGCGAGCGCCGUGCUGGGGUUCAUCGCCGAGCGCACAAAGCUUACGUGGGAUGACAUCGGCAUCGACGUAUACUCCGAAGAGUGUGACUACCCGGCCAAUCCGGCUUACCUGCUGUCUAUAAUCGCGAUCCCGCUGCUGGCGGUGGCCAUGAUCAUCGCCUCCCUGGCCGGCGGAUGCUGCGGCUGCUGCAGGCCGCGGCACGGAGCCUCCGAGUCCAAGCGGAUCAUCGGCAUCAUCGCCGCCGUCCUCUCAUGGAUCGCGGCGCUGCUCGCGGGGGCGUUCUACGCGAACGGCGCGGUGUGGAACUUCCCCAUCACAAGGUAUGGCAUCACGUGGUGCAGGCUCCUCAGGCACGGCUACUUCAGGCUGCCGGCCCUGCUGAGCCUCGCCGCCACGGCGCUCGCGAUCCUGUCGUACAUCAUGCUCCGCGCGCGGGCGCCGGAUGCCAGACCGUCGACGGCGCCGGCAGCAGGGGCCUCCGAACCCAAGCCGCAAACACCGCCGGUUGGGGAAGCGGUCAUGGUUCCACCGGAGCCUCAGUGGCCCUCUUCUCACGGGCACAGGCAAGCGCAACAGCCGCUUCCGGAGCACCGUGUGGGAGGGCCCAGUUGGACGCCGUACCGACAGGUCGCUAGUCCCCCUCGGCGUCAAGCACAGCCAGCAGUAGAAAUGAUGAUGGCUUAAAACUUAAAAGAGACACGACAUCCCUACUCGUGUUGAAGGCUUUGAAGCGGAUGUGAGUGCAAGGUUCCUGAAUGUAUUCCAAGUUGCAACGCCUGUGUGUUAUGUGCCAGUACGUGUGUGUGAUUCUUUGGAUGUCCUUCUACCAUGUUAUGUCCAAUCGGGAAUGUAAGCGUGCAGCGUGCUGAUCAGAUCUGUUUUCAAACGUACAAAUUUCAAUGGGGGAAGGCCCAAUCAGCACCCGAAUUUAGAGUGUUGA